CAGACAGAAAAAAGCAAAAUAAAAAUAUAAACGAGAGGCGAGAAGAAGAAGAGGACCCAAAUUACCAGAACAGAUCUAGUUAGACUAACACUUGCAGAGGAGCCACACGAUUCUCUCACUCUCUACUUUCGUUUCAGUUUCGGUCUAAAUUGUCUGGGUUUUCGUUAUUCCGAGAAGAUUACAGAUUAUGCUGUAUAGCUGAUUUUAGUUAGCUCUCUGACAAUGUUGCCAAUCUGUUUGUCGAACCCAUCAUCUUGUUCUUCCCAAUCUCAGAUCUUUUUUGGCUAUGGGUCAAGACCACUUACUUAUUUUGGGAAGGAUAUAAACAUCAGAUAUAUUUUGAAAGGACGGGGUUUUUUAGGUGUCCCUGGUGCAAUAAGUGCUCGUGAAGUUUCACUCAAAACACAGGCGACAAAAUUUAUAUAUACUAGUGUAGUUGAAGGGCCUGAAGUAUCAGGCUCGUCGGACAUAACCAAUAGUUCUUCCUAUCUCAAUGAAUUAAAUAAUUUGGAGCCAGAAUUCUCAAAUAACCUGAAUGAUUCAGUUGGAGCAGAUGUUGGAUCCAUUCCUCUUGGUAGUGGAGGAGAACUGAAUUUUGCUGAAGAUGCAAGUAUGUCAACCCUUACUGAUCAGCUUAGUUAUGAUACAAAUGAAUUAUCAAAAAGUGCUGCUUCACAACCCACGGUGCCUUGGGAUGAUGCCAUGGGUGUUUCAGAGAAUCCUCUUGUUAUGGUUGAUGACGCAAUAACUAAGUUAAAAUCCACUAUUGAGGAAUUUGUAUCAAGUGUUAAUGCAUCCAUAAAUGCUUCAGUUGGUAAGGGAGAAAGUGCUCUACAGAGUACAUUAGAUUCAAUUUCUGCAUCGUUAACAGACACUACUAAGAGCAUAAAUGAGGCAAUUGGUAGUUCUGUUAAUAAAGCAGAAAAAGUAGCUGGUAGUGGAGCAACAGGGUUCUCCGGUGACUUCAAGGAAGCUACAGGAAAUGCAAGUACUGUUGCUUUUAAUGUUUUAAGGAAGACAAUUGUCGGGGCAGAGGAUCUUUUAGCAGGUGGUACAAGUUAUGCCGUUUACUCUUAUAGCUAUGCAAAAGAGUUACUUCCUCCAGAGGCUCGGAAUGUACUCAACGAAACUGAAACCAAAGCUGUAGGAUUCUUGACGCCUGUUAAGACUGCUUUAAAACAGGUUUACUUUGGUAUCGAGGGGUUGGUGGCAUACCUUGGCUUGGAUCCCAAUGAUCAAAUCAUUCCAUUUGUCCUUUUGCUUGGCACUUCGGCCACUUUAGGGAUUACUUAUCGGAUACUGACAUAUGGUGGUUAUUCUGGAGAUUUGUCUCCAAACUCAACUUUGGAGCUGCUAACAAGGGAAGAUGAUGUCGUGCUUAUAGACGUCAGGCCUGAGGCUUCAAGGGAAAAAGAUGGUGUUCCCGAUCUUCGCCGAGGGGCUCGAUUUAGAUAUGCAAGUGUUACCCUACCCGAGAUUGAUGGUUCUGUACGGAAGCUAGUCGUGAGAGGGAAAGACCUAGAUGAUGACUUAACUGCAGCUGUCAUUCGGAACUUGAAAAUUGUUCGAGACAGAUCCAAGGUUAUAGUAAUGGAUGCCGAUGGUACUCGCUCCAAAAGCAUUGCGAGAUCCUUGAAGAAGCUUGGAGUCAAGAGACCAUACCUUCUUCACGGUGGGUUUCGAUCGUGGGUGAAAAAUGGGCUACGCAUUAAACAACUCAGACCUGAGACAACACUUACUAUACUUAAUGAGGAAGCUGAGGCAAUCCUUGAGGAAAUCAAACCUACUCCUUUAAAAACAUUUAGCUAUGCGGCGGGUACGGCUGCAGCUAUCUAUGCUUUGUCGGAAUGGGAGAAGACACUGCAACUUAUAGGCGUUGUUGCUAUUGCAAAGACUAUUUAUUCACGGGUUUCUUCAUACGAAAACUCUGAAGAUUUUAGACAAGACUUGAGAUUGUUGCUAGUUCCUGUUACACUGGGGACAGAUGCUUUUUCAUGGGCUGCCAAGAAAUUAGAGCCGAGUCGGGUUGGAUUGCCGACUUCACCUUCAUCUUCAGCUGUACAAGACAGAGUUUUACAAGCUGCUGCAAAACAUGAAUCUCAACCUUCUGAUUCAGAUGAAAUGCAAGACGUGUCUCGCGAAUCAGUGGCUCCUGUGGAUGAAAAUGUUGAUCUCUCUGAAGCUUAGGCGUGCAGUCUUUCUUUUUCUUGUCAUACGAUCUUACAGUGUGAGUCCUUAGUUUACAGUUACUUUUUUGUCUUGUAAUCUAUUUUUUUUUCUUCUGAUAACCAAAUUCAUUGAAGGGAAAUUAAGCAAAUACAAAAGAACUUUGUCUAAUUGAAAGGAGAUGUCGUAAUC